CCAUAUCGAUAACAGCCGUAUAUAUUCUCUUGCCAGAAUGCACUACAGCAAAUCAUCGAAAUGUCUCUCAAAGUGACCAUUCUCGUUACCCUGCUUGCAGCGACCGUCAAUUCAAAAGCCUAUCGUGGCUUUACCGUGCCAUUGUUCGAUAGCCGCAUAGUCGGAGGACACGAAGCUACCGCUGGGCAAUAUCCAUGGCAAGUCUCUUUGCAAUGGGGAUGGCUGUUUGGCUACUCCCACUUUUGCGGAGGAGCUAUCCUGAAUAAUCAAUGGAUCGUCACGGCUGGACACUGUGUUCUGGCUGUGCCAACCUAUGGUGAUUUUAUCGUGAAAGCUGGAAAACACAAUUUGAAGCUAGCAGAAAGCACUGAACAAAGUAUCCAAGUCGUGAAGACGUUUGUACACGAAAAAUAUACGGGAGAUGUGGCUCCAUAUGACAUCGCAUUGUUAAAACUGGCAUCGCCUCUGAAACUGAACAACGUGGUUAAAGCGAUUAGUCUGACAAGGUCGAACUCAGUAUCGGGCAAAGCGGUCUUGACAGGUUGGGGAUCAACAUCUAGGACCUCUAAUCCAAACAUGCCUGACAAACUUCAAACUGCCGAGUUGCCAAUCAUCGAUCUGCAGACUUGCAAAGAUUCCAUAGAGAAACUCACUGGUCCAUCUCCUUUGCACGAGACGAACAUUUGCACUGGACCGCUCACUGGCGGGUUUUCAGCGUGUAAUGGCGACUCUGGCGGUCCAUUGAUCCUCGACGGUAGCAAACCUGAACUCAUUGGAAUCGUUUCUUGGGGAAUUGUUCCAUGUGGAACGGUGGGCGCAGCAUCAGUAUAUACCAAGGUGUAUUCCUUCGUCAAUUGGAUCGAAAAUAUCAUAUCUAAAAACUUACUAAUCUUAUCUGAACGAACUUUUUCAUCGAUAGAAAUAAUUUCGAGCGUGGCGAUGCUGGCGCAAAGACCAACAAGGAUCGUCGGAGGAAAAAACGCGGAGAAAGGGCUGCAUCCUUGGCAGGUGUCGGUGCAUUGGGGUGACCGAGAACGAAAAAUCCCUUCGAGACACAUCUGCGGCGGUAGUUUAGUGACAGCUGGAUGGAUUUUAACUGCGGGACAUUGCAAAACUCUGGCACCUUCAAUAGGAGAAUUUCACAUCUUUGUUGGAAAAUAUAAAUUGGAGGUUGUUGAGGAAACCGAGCAAAGUAGAUUAGUGAAUAGAGUAUUCGUUCAUCCACAAUACGAUGGGACCAUAGGACCGUAUGACAUUGCACUGAUGCAAGUGGAAUAUCCAUUCGAGUUAAAUCCUUUUGUUUCAACCGUUUCUUUACCGUAUCCAGAUACUAUUCCUACUGGAGAGGCGAUGUUAACUGGCUGGGGAAGUAUUGGAAGGACUCGUGUUCACGAAAAGCCUGAGAAUCUUCAAGCAGCUAUACUCCCGAUCAUCGAUUACGAUGUGUGCAAACAAGCAGUAGCUAAAUCGUUAAAGCCGAAGGAAAAGAAUCCUCUACAUCCGACGAAUAUUUGUACAGGCCCUUUGAACGGCAGUCUGUCUGCUUGCAAAGGUGAUUCUGGAGGACCAUUAGUCACGAGAAACGAGUUUGGCGAAGCAGAAGUGGUGGGAGUCGUUUCAUGGGGUUUGUUCCCCUGCGGUGGAAAGAACGCGCCCUCCGUCUACACGAGAGUGUCCGCCUUCGUCACGUGGAUCAGUACGAUCAUGUUAAAUUAUUCUUAAAUGAUAUCGACGGAU